UGCUCCCUGCCUCCCGCAACUCGACAGUGUAAUUCACAUUGUGGAUCCGCUAACAGGCACAGCUGUCAUGUGAAAACGCACAUGCUCUGCCAUCCACACCGCCUUUCCUCCUGCUCUUUCUCUUGCCUCUUCCUCCCCCCAACCCCUCCUUGCUCCUUUCUGCCUCUUCUUUGUAACUAACGAAACCAGCAACAACUCCUCCUCCUGUCCUCCCUUCCUCCCCUUCCUCCUCCUGCUCAGCCCAAGUGAUCACAAAAGAAAUCUCCAGAGCCGGAGGCGCUGACAAUUUUUAAAAGCAAGCACAUUGGAGAGAAAGGGGAAAAGAAAAAAAGAAAACAGAACCCAGGCGGCAGCUGAGCGACACAUUUUGUCUUGUUUUUGUUUUUUUCCACGCUUCCUGAAAACAAACAAACAAGCCAACCAGCACCGGCGCCUGCAAAGUGCUGACUCCGUGGCGGCGGCGGCGGCGGCGGCCCGGACCCAGGGGAUGGUCCCCGCGGCGCCGCGCCUCGCCUGGCCCCGCGCGCGCUGAGCCCCGGCUGGGCCCCGGCUGGGCUGCGGGCCGGGCUGAGGGCUGCGGGUUCCGGCUGGGGGCGCAGCUUCAUGACGGCGAGGCGUGGAGCGGAGCGGCCCCACCAUGCGAGCACAAAUUGAAGUGAUACCAUGCAAAAUUUGUGGCGAUAAAUCCUCUGGGAUCCACUACGGAGUCAUCACGUGUGAAGGCUGCAAGGGAUUUUUCCGGAGGAGCCAGCAGAACAAUGCUUCUUACUCCUGCCCAAGGCAGAGAAAUUGUUUAAUCGACAGAACCAACAGAAACCGUUGCCAACACUGCCGACUGCAGAAGUGUCUUGCCCUGGGAAUGUCGAGAGAUGCUGUGAAGUUCGGGAGGAUGUCCAAGAAGCAGCGGGACAGCCUGUACGCAGAGGUGCAGAAACACCAGCAGCGAUUGCAGGAGCAACGGCAGCCAGGCACAGAGGCCGAGACCCUGGCCCGUGUGUAUGGCGGUGGUCUAGGUGGCCCAGCAGGUGGACCUUAUGCCAAUGGGCACACCACCCACCUGCCCAAGGCCGACGGCUACUAUGGCCUGGACUCCGGCCAGCCUUCCCCUGACCAGUCAGGGCUCGACGUGACUGGGGUCAAGCAGAUCAAACAGGAGCCCAUCUACGAACUGGCUGCUGUGCCCGGCCUGUUUCCCUGUGCUGGCUUGGGGGCGCCCCCAGCGGGCACAGCUAGUGCAGCCGAGAUUGAUCGAAUCGCACAGAACAUCAUUAAGUCGCACUUGGAGACGUGUCAGUAUACCACGGAGGAGCUCCACCAGCUGGCAUGGCAGACCCACACCUACGAGGAGAUCAAAGCCUAUCAGAGCAAGUCCAGGGAGGCGCUGUGGCAGCAGUGUGCCAUCCAGAUCACGCACGCCAUCCAGUAUGUGGUGGAGUUUGCCAAGCGGAUAACAGGAUUCAUGGAACUCUGUCAGAACGACCAGAUCCUGCUCCUCAAGUCGGGUUGCUUGGAAGUGGUUUUGGUGAGAAUGUGCCGUGCCUUCAACCCAUUAAACAACACGGUCCUGUUUGAAGGGAAAUAUGGUGGAAUGCAAAUGUUCAAAGCCUUAGGUUCUGAUGACCUGGUGAAUGAGGCAUUUGACUUUGCAAAGAACUUGUGUUCCUUACAGCUGACUGAAGAGGAGAUUGCUUUGUUCUCAUCUGCUGUUCUGAUAUCUCCAGAUCGAGCAUGGCUGAUAGAACCACGGAAGGUCCAGAAGCUUCAGGAAAAGAUUUACUUUGCACUUCAACAUGUGAUUCAGAAGAAUCACCUGGACGAUGAGACCUUGGCAAAGCUAAUAGCCAAGAUACCAACCAUCACAGCAGUCUGCAAUUUGCAUGGGGAGAAACUGCAGGUCUUUAAACAAUCACACCCCGACAUCGUGAACACACUCUUCCCUCCCCUGUAUAAGGAGCUUUUCAACCCUGACUGUGCCUCCACCUGCAAGUGAAGGGGACCAGAGAACUGCCUCCUAGUCACAGAAUGCACCAUCAUCCAGACAAAAGCAGUGUGUUCAUGGAGACUUGAGGAAAAAAAUGUCACUACUGCAACAUUAGGAAUGUUCUGCACUUAAUAAGAGUUAUUUUUCACCGCUACAGUUUGAAGAAUGUACAUAGGCACCUGAGUGGGGCUCUUUUAUUUGUUUGUCUGUUUUUGAAACGACCAUAAAUAUACAAAUACAGGACACGGGGUGUUCUUUUUUUUUAAUUCGGGUAUGUUUUGGGAGACAACUGUUUAUAGAAUUUUAUUGUAGAUAUAUAUGAGAACAGAGCGGUACUUUACCUGAUUACUUUUCCUGUUGAUUGUUCAAAUAUAAUUUAAGAAAAUUCCACUUAGUAGGCUUACCCGUUUCUAUGUUUAUAGAUAGCUGGUGCAUGUGUAAAUUUGUAGCUGUCUUGGAAUGCACUGGGCAUGUAUGUAAUAAGUAUAUAAUGUCUGGGGAUAUUAUAUAUGACUAUUACUUACACAUGCACAUGCACUGUGGCUUAAAAGACCAUACCUGCUAGCAAAAGGAGGUUCAGUCAGACUGUCUUAUUUACCUUCUGUGUUUUAUGUUACCUUUAUGUUAGACAAUCAGGAUUUUUGUUUCCCUAGGCAGAGUUUUCAUCUAGAGCCAAUGAAAGGAUGAAACCAAUUCAGAAAUAAGUGUACAAACAAAUAAAUACAGUGUAUGGCCUCUGUGUAAAAAAAAAAAAAAUCUAUUGCUAUUAAGGAUAUCAAAGCCUUGUCAAGAUAGUGCAUACUGGAGAAAAAUAAGUAUUUGGAGCCAUUUUCCUGUUUUAAGAAUUAGACCACAGAUAACAUUGUGGAGUUUGGGACUUUUUUUGACCAAACAAUAGAUAUUUCCUAUUUUUCACCAGGACAUGUAUAUCCCUUUUUCUUUUAAUAUCAGGUUGUGAUAGAAGCUUGAUUUGGGUGCUUAUUGUAUUGGAAGCGAAGAAAUACAGUUCAUAAACUAUGAUCACCAGCAUUUUUUUUUUCUAAUAAAGUUAGAGUGAAGAGAUACAUCAGAACCCAGGGUCUUGUAAACAUAUCCUCUCUAAUCAUUUUUUACAGAGAAGACAUAGAAAGAGAAUACACAAAGGAAAGAAUUGGCUCUUUCUAGUCCUUCUUUUUCACAAGUUAGGAAAUAAACAGCAAUAAAAAAGAGGUAGAACUUUAUCUGUCCUUCUUCUUUGAACUUUUAAUUUCCAUCCUUCCCAAAGGAAAUUACAAAAAAAUAUAGCAAAAACUUGACAGAUUAAAAAAAUAGAAGAACCUGAAUUGUUACAUAGAAAUAAUUGCCCCCCCCAAAAAAAAAAAAUCUCCUAUGUAGUUUGGAGUUUUUUAUUUUGUUUUGUUUUGUUUAUUUGUUGUUUGUUGUUUUUUCCUUUUUAGCAACUUUUUAAAGUGCAGAACUUGAAAGAAGAGAUCAGGAUUAGGAAAUCUCAGACUUUUCUCUCCAUCUUCUCUAGAUCAUUUAGAAAAGAUUAAAUUCUAAAUAAUCUGUUCUGUUUUGGAAGCCUUAUACCUAUGGCAUGAUCUGAUAAAAAUACCUAAGAGUUUAGAAAAAGAAACAGAAAACUCUGUGCAUAACAAGAUAAAAAUUAUGAUCUAUAAGUCUGAUUCAGCCACCCUCAGGAAAUGAUGUAGGGGGAAAAGAAUUUUUGUUGUUGUUGUUACUUCCUAUUUGCCCCAGGAGAUAGGGGUUGAAUUUGUGUGGUUUCUACUAGUGCAAACAUUUUAUUAGAACGGCAUGAGCCUUUUGAGUAGAGGACAGGAAAUGGGGAGAUGAUUCCUUUUCUCCUUGCCAAGCAGACACACAACAUGUGCACACGUGCACAGGACCACACCUGCUCUGUUCAAUAUCCUUCAGUGGGAAUUGUGAUUUUUUGUUUUAAUAAUUUCUUAUACUCUCCCGCGAUGCCACAGAAUUCCUCAUGCAUCAAGCAGAAGUAUUUGUCUUUUCUUUUAGAAAGCAGUCUUUUCCCACCUCAUAAUCAACGAAUUCCAAGCCAACAGGGAAAACCAAAAUGGCUUUAAAAUAAUGAAUCUCUUUCUCAACUACUGUUAUAUUCAAUUAAUUUAACUACAUUGAGCUAAAUUACCUUCAGUGUCUAGGAAGACAGCUGUAGAUUGCUUAUUAUGCUGCUACAGGGACUCAAUUCUUUUUGGUGUAAAUGUCACUCCUGCUAGCUCUUUGUAUAAAGAAUUAAUUCCAAGAGUCAUAUUUCCUUCUAAUGGAAAGAUUGCUUUACUGCUUGCUAGGAAAACAGGGUAAUGGAAGGCACUCAAUUAAACCAAGCCGUUUCCAAACGCAAUGUAUGUUUUAUGAUUGGCUUGUGUAGAAGAUACUUAAUGUAUCUACUUGGUGUUUCCCUUUGAGCUUUGAACUCAUGUCAAACUGUUUUCAUUGUUCUCUUGGCCCAGUGUUUUCCAUUGUCGGCCUGUGAUUCCUGCUUGGUUGUAAAGGGAAUCAUUUGUUUCCUCCAAUUUACCUUUGAGGAUGUGAAGUGGCUCAUUUGAUGAAGUGGCAGGGAUUUUUUACUUCCCUUUUCCUAUGGGUGAUGCUGAAAAAGAUUGUUGUCCACAUUUGCCUCAGGAGGUACAGGAUUUGAAUUGGGGGGGUUGUGUAUGUGUUUGUUUGUUUGUUUUUCCACAACUGCAAGUGUUUCAUUGGGAUGGCAUGAACAUUUUGAAGCUUAGAGACAAGAAACAGCUAGAAACCGAACCAGAACAAAAUAGUGGAAAUCAAGACACACUCAAUUCACUUCAGUAGAGAGAUUUUUGCUUUUGGCCACAGUUGCCAAACCUCACCCUUAGAAAAGAGCCAAAUUAUAUUUUCAGUAGUAAUGAGUCAUUUUACAAAGCUGUCCUUUUGAACAUCACCAGGUAUUUUGAAAAUAUGAUACUGGCAACUUUCUUGAUCACAUGUGAUCUCUGUCCUUAUCCCAUGAAGACUAAGAACCAGUCAUAACUCAUUUGUGGUAAAAGGUGCACUGGAAGAAAAUCAUGACUUAAAACUCUUCACUUCAUGCUUCGUAAAUGACAAUCACUGCUUGAUGCAGAAUGUUGCACUGUAUCCACUCAGGGAUGUUUCAUUAAAAAAAAAUACAUCAAGAAGGAGGAAAGAAAACAAGAAAAUGGCAACAAAAUAUAACUGACCUACUUUAAAUAUGCCAGUGACAGAACCUCUCUGUCUGACAAGGCUUUCAGAUCAGCAGGCAUUAAUUUCAUAUUGUUAAACUAAGCUUGCUUCUACUGCUCAGACUUGCUGAAAAGUUGCACAGGAGUAAAGACAACUUAGCCUUGUUUGCUAAAACCUGCUAAGAGCCAAAUAAUCCACCUGCCUCAUCUGUAGCAAUACAUAGCUUGCAGCAAACCUAAGCUUCCUUAAAAGUUAUAAGCAAGUCAGAUACAGAAAUCUAAGUGGCAUUAGGUACAAAAUAAAUGAAUCUGUGAAUUCAAAAUCUAGGCUAUCCAUGGCUUCUAAUAGGAAAGGCAAUUUUGGGAAGAAAUAGGAUGACUAGUAUGCUAACUAUAGUUUAACAACCCACCUACACUCCUGCUAUUGAUGAUCAGGAUCAACUUUGUAACCUUUCCUCAUGAGUUUCUCCCCCACCUCAGUCAUUGAAAGCUUAGGGCAAAGAUGUAUUCUGCAAAUGUUCCCUCUCUGGAUUUCCUUUGUUUUAUUUAACACUGUCUUUAUGACUCUGGACUAAAGGACCUCUGAGUAGGUACAGAUGAAUACUAUAGUGGUUUCUGGAUUAAUUAGACCUCUUUGACCAAAUAUAGGAGACUCUAAAUCAUAGUGACGUCUGGAUAUUAACCAGGGUGCCAGGGAGGUCUCAGAACAUUCCCUGUCACAGCUGCCUUGUUCAACACACAGCAUCACAGCAGUCAAGCUCACUUUCUCCAUCCCCAUGUGUCUCAGGCUUGAGUGCAAAAACAAUUCUUGUGUCCCAAGGACAAACUAAAACUUAACCAGCUCUUUUUCAAAAACAUCAGUCAGAUACAGAUGUUCUAUCCUUUUUUUGUUUGUUUGUUUCCAUAUGUAGUAGAAACAAGAAAAAUAGAAUCUACUGCCACUGGAAACUAAAAAAAUAAGUUUCCCUCUUUUAUUUUUUUGUCCAUAAACUUUCGUUUCCAAUAAAGUCACUACCGUUAGCAAUAAAUUCUGGGAAGGAUACCUAUGUCUUUCCAGAAAUACCUGUCAAUAGAACAGCAAUAACUUUAAACCUGCAUCUAUAGUGAAACUUUUCAAAGUCUCCUUUAUGAAGAAUAGGGGAAAGUUCAUCUUGAAUGAACUUGAAAUGAAGCACUGUUUGCUGUUCUACUCCCAACUGCUGGUAUAAGUAAUAACCUAAUAAGGGAAACCAUAUAAGAAUUAAUAACCAUUUUCUUUUUCUUUUUUCUUUAAGCAGGAGUUUUUCUCAUAACUAGAAGUUCAAGUUCUUUAAAAUCAAGGAUUAAACAUCCAAAAGUCCAGAAAGAUUAGGAGUUCAGGAAAAUGAGUGAAGCAGUCCAGUGUCCAGCUAACAAGAAACAGCUUAUUUAAAAAAAAAAAAUUAGCUGUCAGCUAAUGCUAGUGCUUUGCUGAAGCAUCCUAACAGUAUCGGAUCAAAUAAUGUCAGAUAAUUCAGAGCUCACUGCAGACCAGACAAACACAUCUGUGGGCAUAACAGAGACCACAGUUUAUACUUCUGGUUUAAAAUAAUACCUAAAGUUCUGUUUAUCAAAGAUAUAAUGCCAUUACAUUUGAGGGAAGGGGUGGGCAAGACCCUGUCUGUCUAGGGUUCUAUACAGACAUCUUUCUACUAGAGGAUAUAGGUACAGGUCACUUGAACAAAGGUAGCAACCUAAAAAGUCAAACAUUCCUAUUUGGAGGUGGCUUCUAGGAAACACCUGAACAUGUUUUUAUGGGGGGUGUGGGGGUCUCGAUUUCUUAACACUGUUUUUUUUUUUUUGGAAUGUCAAAUGCACAAUCUUUAUGCUUUUGAGCCUCAGUGUGUCUCUCUCAAUGUGUGGCUUCAAUUCCUUAGACAGGUUUUGCUUUCCCUUCAGUACCUACUCUGUAGUCACUGCUCACUGGCUGAGGUAGCAUCCUCCAUGCUGAGGUCCCACUGCCCUGGAUGAAAGGCAGGGCCCUGGAUCCCUGUGCAGCAGAUGAAUAUACCCAUCUGUGUAAUUCUUUCCUCCACUGCUGAAAUUCCUCCAGAACGAACUGGCCGUGGUAACCUUUGCCUCCUGCAUGACUGUCAGCACGACCUCCAUGGAAUGAGGAAAAAAGAAAAACAGAGAGUAAAACAACAGCUCAGUGAUUGUCUUCAUGGCCAAAAAUAAAGCACAAGGUUACUGAAAUGGAAUCAACCCAGUUGAGGGAAGCACAGGGCAUCUGCACCCUGCUGGGCUUCAAGGUCCUUCUGGAAACUGUCCUCUUCUGGCAGACGCUGACGGAGAGAGAGCAUGUGCCUGCCUCUGUCAGGGGCACCUGCAGACACACUGGGUUCAUCUGCAAAGCUAAGGUCCCACUUCUGAGCACAGCACCGUCUGCUUCGUCUGAUGAGCACAUAAAAGGAUGAAAAAUGACACCCACAGAAAACUGAGUAUGUAUUGUAGAAAUGUAGAGGAAAAAUAAAAAUAUUUUUUCAAAUGUAAUUACUUUUAAUAUAUGCUUGUGGAAGGUCUAAUACAUUGUAUGCUGUCUCUGUAAUUUUUGCUGUAAAUAACUAGAGACAGUGAAUACACUGAUUUUUCUAUGUCUCUGUUUAAGCAUAAGACUUUGUAACAAAUUUUUUAGAGGGGAAAAAAAACAACAAAGAGCAAAUAUGUACUUGCUUCUUUUCUGUGUGUUAUGUUCUUCUCAGAAACUGGUUUAUAACAGUUUGAGCAUCUUGACAGGUCACUGGUGUUAAGUGUAUGCUUCCUUUUGUAAUAUAGCUGAGAAGGGACAGGGCUGUCAAUUAAAUUGGCUCCAAAGAAUUUGUAUGGAAAAUUGGCCUAAAACAAAAGUGAAAAAAAAUAAGUUGCCUGAAUAAGUCAUCUCUCCUUGUAGCAAAUACGUUUUGUCCAAACGCGUUCUGCAUGGAACAGCUUGAGGAAAACAUACUCUGCUUUCGGAUGAACAAGAUAUUUUUAUACAGGUUUAUUUCUUAUUAAUAAACUGAGGUCAGACCACUAAUUCACUGAAGCCAUAACUGACCUUCACCAAAUAAAUGUAAAGGGCCUGGGGGGUGCUGGGGAGAAGCUGAGAGGGAGCAAAAUCAAAGAUGUGGCACACUUGGUGCGAAAGCAGGUGGGAGCAAGUCCGGUGAACCCCGCACUUGUCCUGCAUCCCAGAUAUGACUUUGAAAGGCUAGUAUUUUAUGAUGAUCGAUUUAUAAUAAGAAAAACGAUAUUUAGAUUUAAAGGAGACUUUCCAGUAUUUUUGAAAUCCCUGAUCACACUUCCUUGCUUUUAGGAAUGAGAGAAAUGAUUUUCAUUUCACUUUCAACAAUUCAGAGACUUGAUGAUUUUACCUUAGCUCCAGCCUAUUCAGAUAGAGUGACCCUGAGGACACUAUGGGCUGUCUGGUCCUGACUGUACCUGCCAAUCACUAAGCUCCUUCAGAGGGGCUCCUGGCAUGUCUUACUAGCAUGCACACCACUGCUGGCCAAGCAUAAGCGGUGCGUUGCAAGUACAUGUAAAAUACAAGUAUUCACUCUAAAAAAAAAAAAUGAACACCAUAAUCAUACUUUAAAAAUAAUUCCUCUUAUAGUCACCACUGAUAUUUGGAGGGAGUUUAACUGCAUUAUUACAUGUAUUAUUACUGGCCCAUAGAGGCAAAAAGCAACCGAGAAAUAAACCCAGUGACAUAGUUUUAAAAUUUACAAUUUUCUGAUCUCUCUUUCCUUGUUUAAUAUAUAAGUCCUAAUUUCUGUGUAUGUGAGUAAAACUGCAGUCUGAGUCAUUUAGAAAGUAAGCAUUGAGUUUCUUUUUUUAUUAUAAAUAAAUUAGUAUGAAACAGCUCUCCCUAAUGAUUAAAAAAAAGUUUUAUAUUACUUUAGAAUGUAAUAGAUUUUGUCCCUAUUUUAUGUCCUGUAAAUUAUUAGUUGGAUACUGUUAGCAUUCCCCAAUAAUGCACACAUGAUUUCUGAAUGUUUUCUGUAAAUGACAAUCAAUGUUUAUGAAGUUCCCUUCUUUAAUGCUGAACAAAAUUAAAAAAAGA